AGUUCAAUGUUUUCCCGAAUUCUCUCCCUUUCUACUUUGAUGACAUCCACAUACUUAGACGACUGAUAAACUUGAAAGAACUUAAAAAUUACAUGCUAAAAUGGAUGAACCUAUGGAGGCAGAAGCAGACUCUACCCAGCCUGACUUAGCAGCGGACGAUGGGGACCAAAGAGUUAAACAUCACCCACUCCUGCGCCCAGGAAGCAUGGUGAUGAUGACAAUAACCAUUGAGGAUUAUGAGACACAGUACUGGCCGAAACUAGAGGGAGCCAUAGACCAACUGUUGAGCAUGACCCCUGGCCAAUACAUACCCAUCUCCUAUGAACAAAUGUAUAGCUGCGUUUACAAAUGUGUCUGCAAGCAGUUCUCAGAAAAACUCUACGCAGAUCUGAUGAAGCAUAUGGCUCGGCAUCUGGAGAUUUUGAAUGAACAACUCAAGUCGCUGAGACAGAGUGAAGAUCCAAAGUCUUUCAUAGAAAAGUUCUCCUUUAUUUUAAACCAGUAUUUACAAGCCUUAGGUGGCAUUGUCCCAAUUUUUAACUAUAUGAAUAGGUUUUAUGUUGAAACAAAACUGAAAACAGAUUUAAAUGAAGAGCUGAAGAAAUUGUUUCAACAACACGUAUUAGAUCAACAUAUAGAAUUUAUUUUAUCAUUACUGGAAGAGGCCAACUCCAAACCAUUCACCAUUUCCCCGCCCACUAUGGCUAACACUGUCAAGAACAUACACUCUGUAAAUACAGACUAUGCAAAGAUGAAACCCAGUCUUUUUUCCCGUUAUCUUCCAACUGUUCUUCCUUCCACCUCUGUUCAUGACUUGGAGCAAUACAUUGCGGAGACAAGGCAAAUGCAGGAAGAUAUGAAAAUGAUACCAGAAUUCAGGGGGUGCGACUUCAAAAGGAAAAGAGUAGAGGAUGAUGUGCCCGUGAAAUGAAUGGAAUAGCACAUGAUGCUUUGAGCUUAUAAGAAGACUGUGAUACUUUACUGAAAGCCAUUGCUGUUGGGUUGGAAUCUUUUAUUCUGUUGCUAUGGUGAUCAUUAAUUUGGUAACCAUGGUGAUCACUUCCUCUUAUCCCCUGUGAUCUGUGGUGUGUGUCAUACACUAGAUUUUCUCUUGGGUAUGUUUCUGUAUGACCAGUAUUACCUGUUUGAGCUGGAUUUUCUAUACCAAACUGACUCGAAGUGCUUAAUAUGGCUUACCACUACAGCUUGUCGAAAAGUAAAAUUCACCAUGUGAUUUUGUACACAAAACUCUGAGGACACAACACAGACUGAUGAGGACCUGCUUGUGCAUUCUUUGUCAUGUCAGUGAACUGGUCUUUUAUUUGACAUGUAUUGGAACUGAUAUAACCUGGUAUAUACAUGUACAUGUAUAUAUUAGAGAUCUGGAUAAAAUUAACGUAAUAUAAUCUUCAAGUAGUGUGGUGUUUGAAAGUGUCUGUGAUCCACUGGAACUAAAUGCCUCGUUUCAAAUUCAUUACCUCCUUUAUAGGCAUCAGACAUUUUUAUGGAUUUAAUAGAAAACAACUGUUUCAAGAAUUCAUAAAUUUGUGGGCAAUAAUGGUUCUUCUCAUUAAAAUUGGUCUCGCAUUUCUUGCUUCCAUGAACUUUUGAUUUCAACUCAACAAGGAAAUUCAUGAAAACUUAUAAUUUAUAACCAAGGAAUGAUAAUAAAACCAGAUUAUGUUAGAAAUUAAGUUAAUGACACAAAAAGUCUUACUGAUUCUGUUGUUUUAGAAUACUGUAAUAUUUUUACUGUUCUUUUCAUGAAAUGAUGAUGAAAUGAUAAUGAUUAUGAGUACUUGUAUUUAUGUCAUUAGAUAAGCAACAUUGAACAUUUUAUAAGUACCGACUACUGGUAACACAUGCAAUGAUAGCAUGACACAUCAAAAUGGAGAAACUGAUGGUAAAUGCUUGAAUAGUCAUGGAUAUAUCUUAUGUACAAUCUAAGAUUAAGACAUUGUGAUGUUUAUUUUGAAUGCAUUUACAGUAUAAUUGAGCCUAGUGUGUUUGUUGAAUAUGGUAAAAUUCAGUAUUUUUCCGAAUAUCCAAAACAUAUAAAAUAUUAAAAACAAGUAGAAUCUUUUUCCUACUAAAGAUACCUGCACAAGAAAUGACUGAAUUUGUAAUUGCCUUGUUCACUGUUGUUGUGUUUGAUUUUGAACAGCAACACAGCUGGCUGGGUGUCACUGAUGAUGUAAGAUGACUUUAUGCACAACUUGUACUGCUAUCUAUUGUUGUCUUCGGUAAUACAGUGUAUGCUUACAGUUCAUGUUGAACACAAAUGUUUUAAAGACCAUGUUUAACACAAAUGAUUUUCUGCAUUGGUAUUUUAGCUUAGCUCUGACUUGUAAUUACAUGUAUUUCACUGGCAUUAAUGCUAUUGUGUAUGAAAUUUAAAUUGGGGAAGGGGGGGGGGGGGUAUUUUUCC